CUGACUUAUCGGGCUUUAAUUAGAGAGGUGACCUGGAUUCAGCACCGCGGCGCGUCAACAGCUCCGGAGCGCAGCGGAGAUUCGGCCGGCCCCUCCCCGCCCGGUGGUACCGGACGACAGACAGCCAGACAGCCGGGAGAUAACAUCACAGAAAAUCAGGCAGACACUCUGGAGUACCAGGUGGCUGAGGCUCUCCAGGAUCUCAUCACCAAAAAUGCCAAGACCAACGAAAUCGAGGACGCCGAGGGCAACGAUGAAGACACCGGGGUAGAGCAGGACACCCUGGGUUCAGACACGGACACGUGGGAGCCCCCGAGCCGGCGCUACAAUGAGGAGGAGGAGGAUGAGGAAGGUGACGAUGAGGUAGAGGACGAGGUGGACCGCGAUGCAGAGGAGGACGUGGACGCGGCCGACAAGACCUGGGACUCGGACACAGAGGGGGGCAACGAGGUGAGCCCUGAAGACGGGCUCCAGGACCUGCAGUACUUCCCAAACUUCUACCGGCUGCUCAAAAGCCUCGAUUCAGAUCAGGACACACAGGAGAGGGAGACGCUCAUCACCAUCAUGAAGACGCUGAUUGACUUUGUGAAGAUGAUGGUGAAGUACGGAACCAUCACUCCAGAGGAGGGGGUGUCAUAUCUGGAGAACCUCGAUGCGAUGAUAGCCAUGCAGACCAAGAACAAGCUGGGCAAGUCCCUCGGGACCCCUGACCUUAUCGGACCCAUGGGAAAAAACUUCGAUGAGGACGACAACACCAAAGCUGAAGCUGCUAAGAUGCAGAGGGACUAUGAGAACCUGAAAGACUCCACCAAGGAGGAGCAGCCCCCAACUGAGAGCAAUCAGCCUGGAAAGUCGGAGACAUAUCUGGAGGCCAUCAGGAAGAAUAUUGAGUGGCUGAAGAAACACAACAAAGAAGAAGGCAAAGAUGAUUACGACCUGUCCAAGCUGAAGGAUUUCAUGGACCAGCAGGUGGACUCGUAUAUCGAGAAGGGCAUCAUCGCCAGAGAUGAGGGCGACACCAUCAAGAGGAUCUACAGCAGCCUGUAA